AUGCCCGCCGCGCGAGCAGCGAAGCGCAAGGCGCCAGCCCCCUCCGCCGCAGCGGCCCUCCGCGGCUCCAAGCGCUUCCGCUCCAGCGUGUCUACCUCGCCGGAGCGCGUGCUCUCCAAAGCUUCCUCGUCGACCGACCCUCUCCGACAACCGCACCCCUUCUGGCAGCAGUCCGAGGAGGCGGGUGUCGUCUUGCGCAAAUACUACCCCCACGAGAUGAGCAAUGCCCGCGCCAAGGCAUAUCAGGAGGGCAAACUCCCCCGGCCCAUGGAGCUGCUCAACGACGCCCUCGACGAGACUUUCCAGCAGCGCCAGGAGAUCAAGGUCAAGGGUGCCGUGGUCCACUGGUUCAAGAACGACCUACGCACGGCAGACAAUCGUGCCCUGCGCGCCGCGAGCGAGGCGGCUUCGAAAGCAGGCGUGCCGCUCGUGACUAUGUACCUCGUCAGCCCGGAGGACUUCGAAGCGCACCUCACCUCUCCCGUGCGAGUCGACUUCACCAUCCGAAACUUGAAGGUAUUGAAGGAAGAGCUGGCCAAGUUGGAUAUACCGCUGUACGUCGAGACUGUAGAGAAGCGCAAGGACAUUCCGGGCAGGAUACAGGAGCUACUUGAAGAAUGGGAUGCAAGCCAUCUCUACACCAACAUGGAAUACGAAGUCGACGAGCUACGCAGAGAAGCAAAGCUAGUCAGAGCACUAGCAGAAAAGGAUAUCAGCAUGGAUGUCAUGCACGACACCGUCGUCGUCCCUCCCGGCACCCUCACCACCGGCGCGGGCAACCAGUAUGCUGUCUACACACCCUGGUACCGCGCCUGGGUCGCCCACGUCCACGCCCACCCGCACCUCCUCGAGCUCUUCGACCCGCCGGCCAAGAACCACGUCAGCGCACGCACAAAGUUCAAGGACCUCUUCGCCUCCCGCGUCCCCGACGCCCCGGCCAACAAGCGCAUCACCAAAGACGAAGCCGAACGCUUCCGCGCCCUCUGGCCGGCAGGCGAGCACGAGGCCGCGAAGCGCCUCGAGAUGUUCUGCGAGGAGAAGGUCGGCAAGUACACGGCGGCGCGCAACCUUCCCGCCGAGACGGGCACCUCAUCCCUAUCGGCGCACUUCUCGGCCGGCACGCUGAGCACGCGCACGGCGAUCCGCAUGGCGCGCGACCGCAACAAGACCAAGAAGCUCAACGCCGGCAACGAGAGCAUCCAGCGCUGGAUCAGCGAGAUCGCCUGGCGCGACUUCUACAAGCACGUCCUCGCGCGCUGGCCCUACGUCUGCAUGAACAAGCCCUUCAAGCCCGAGUACGCCAACAUCAGCUGGUCGUACGACGCGGCGCACUUCGCGGCCUGGUGCGAGGGCCGCACGGGCUUCCCCAUCGUCGACGCCGCGAUGCGCCAGCUCAACCACGUCGGGUGGAUGCACAACCGGUGCCGCAUGAUCGUCGCGUCCUUCCUGGCCAAGGAUCUGCUGAUCGACUGGCGCAUGGGCGAGAAGUACUUUAUGGGGCACCUCAUCGACGGCGACUUUGCCAGCAACAACGGCGGGUGGGGGUUCGCGGCCUCGGUGGGCGUCGACCCGCAGCCGUACUUCCGCAUCUUCAACCCGUUGCUGCAGAGUGAGAAGUUUGACCCGGACGGGGAGUACAUCCGCAAGUGGGUGCCCGAGCUGAAGGGCGUCAAGGGGGACGCGGUGCACGAGCCGUACGGACGCGGAGCGGGACCAGAGGCUAAGAAGAAGGGGUAUCCGGAGCCGAUCGUGGAGCACAAGGGGGCCAGGGAGAGGGCUCUUGCGGCGUACAAGAAGGGAAUCAGUAGUGAUUUGUAA